AUGUACCCUUCAUCAAAAAAAAAUAUUUGCGAAAUUGACAAACAAAUUUUAGAUAAAAUCACUAUUUAUAAAAAUAAUAAAAUUAAUAAAUAUAAUGAUUUAAUUUUAGAGAAUGCAGAUUUAUUUUCUGUCACAAAUGAUGAUUUAGUUGAAACCAUUUAUUAUUCAUGUUUAUUUUCUAAACCUAAAGAAAGACUGUUUACAUUUACUGUUAAUAGUGAACUAUCUUUUUAUCGUUUAGCAUGUCUUAUACAUCCUAAGUUAUCAAAUAUUUAUUUUUUUAACAUAAAAAAUUUUAUUAUUUGUGAUAUUUCUGAUGAUGUGAUGCGUAAUAAAAUUUUAAAUAUGUUUUGUACAUCCCAAACAGUUUUUGUUGAUUUUACAACUCCUAUUAAAAGUCUUAUUAAAGAGUCGAAACUAGACAUUAUUUUUUUUAUAAAUAAAGAAUUUUACAAGAUAAAAAUAAAAAACAUUCUUAAGGUUCAUAGAAAUAUUACUGAUUAUUUUCGGUAUACAAAUGUGAAAAUAGAAGAUGUUAAAUGCCAUUUAUGUUGUAAAAAUAAUUGGGAAAUUAUAUUAGAUAAGAAUUUUGUUCUUACAGAAAAAUUUUAUAAAUUCUGCAAAACUUGUUUAGAAAUAAUUAGAAAAAUUCCAUUAAUUUAA